AUGGCCCAGAAGAUCAGGGUCAAGAACCCCGUCGUCGAGCUCGACGGCGACGAGAUGACGAGGGUCAUCUGGAAGGACAUCAAGGACAAGUUCAUCUUUCCCUACCUCGACAUCGACCUGAAGUACUACGAUCUCGGCCUCGAGUACCGCGACGAGACGAGCGACAAGGUCACCACCGACGCCGCCGACGCCAUCAAGAAGUACUCGGUCGGUGUCAAGUGCGCCACCAUCACCCCCGACGAAGCACGUGUCAAGGAGUUCAACCUCAAGCAGAUGUGGCUCUCCCCCAACGGGACAAUCCGAAAUGCGCUUGGCGGCACCGUCUUCCGCGAACCCAUCGUCAUCCCCCGCAUCCCGCGACUGGUGCCCGGCUGGAAGAAGCCCAUCAUCAUCGGACGCCAUGCCUUUGGCGAUCAAUACCGAGCGAAGGACCUCGUCGCCCCGGGUCCCGGCAAGCUGAGCAUGGUGUACACCCCCGAGGGUGGCGAGCCCCAGGAGAUUGAGGUCUUCCAGUUCAAGGAGGGCGGCGGUGUCGCCCAGACCCAGUACAACACGACCGACAGCAUCACGGGCUUCGCGCACGCCAGCUUCAAGCUUGCCCUCGACAAGGAGAUCCCCCUGUACAUGAGCACCAAGAACACCAUCUUGAAGAAGUACGACGGCAGGUUCAAGGACAUCUUCCAGGACCUGUAUGACACCCAAUACAAGAAGGAAUUCGAGGCCAAGAACAUCUGGUACGAGCACCGCCUGAUCGACGACAUGGUCGCCCAGAUGAUGAAGAGCUCUGGUGGAUAUAUCAUGGCCCUGAAGAACUACGACGGUGACGUGCAAUCCGACAUCGUGGCCCAGGGCUUCGGUUCCUUGGGUCUCAUGACCUCGGUUCUCAUCACCCCCGACGGAAAGACCUUCGAGUCGGAAGCCGCCCACGGCACCGUGACGCGCCACUACCGCGAGCACCAGAAGGGCCGUGAGACCUCGACCAACCCCAUCGCGAGCAUCUUCGCUUGGACGCGGGGGCUGAUCCAGCGUGGCAAGCUCGACGAUACCCCGGAGCUGAUUGCCUUCGCCGAGAGCCUCGAGAAGGCCUGUGUGGACACGGUCGACGUGGAUGGAAUCAUGACCAAGGACCUGGCCCUGGCCUGCGGCAAGACGGCCCGCGAGGACUACGUCACGACGACGGAAUACCUCAACGCCGUAGAGAAACGGAUGAAGAAAUUCCUCAAGGAGAAGCUAUGA